AUGUCGUCUCCCUCUCCCAACCCCGCUUCUUCUCCUCCUCAUUCACCUGACCCCAUCUCCCUUGCCUCCCAGCUCCCCUCUACUGCUACCUGGGCCUCUAUCCUCAACGAUGACUCUGCUCCUUCAUCCGAUGGCCUUCCUCUCCACUUUGUCUCUUCUGCCAUGGAUGGCUCGACCAAGGUAGCUGUUUGCCCUGCUGCUGUUUUGGAGUACGAAGUUAAGCUUUGGGAAAAUAGCCUGGUAGGUAAUUUUCUUGGCUCGCGAUCUCCAUUCCACAUCGUCAAAGCUUCUCUCUCCAAGCAGUGGAGACCUCAAGGAUCCUUGGAUGUUUCUUUGUUGGACAAUGGUUUUUUCCUGUUCAAGUUUUCCUCUGCUUCUGACAAGCUUCGAGCCUUAGAAGGGGGUCCCUGGAUGAUUGGUAAGAAACCAAUAUUUCUCCGGCAAUGGCAUCCCCAUCUACAACUCCGGCGACCGAACCUUACUUCGAUCCCCCUUUGGAUUACCUUGCCUGGUUUGCCUCUUCAUUACUGGUGCACCGAUGGACUCAGCUCUCUGGGAUCUGUCUUGGGUAAACCUUUAUUCUCAGAUGUUAGGACCAGGCGCAAAGACCACCUGGCUUAUGCAAGGCUCUGCGUGGAAGUCUCUGCGCAAGAUGUGCUCUCCACCUUCAUCACUAUCAGAGAAGGUGACGACUACUCCUUCGAGCAAGAAAUCCAUUACGAUUGGAAGCCUCCCCAGUGCUCUGUCUGUAAAACGUUUGGACACGACUCCAAGCUUUGCUCCCCUCCCUCGGUCAAGCCCUCUGUUAUUGGAGCUUCAUCGUCUAUACAGAUGUUCAGCCUUCGUCAAUGA